AAAAAAAAAAGAAGAUGGCAACAACCACAAGGCUGUUAACAACAAAAGGUCUCCCAACUACGUUGUUGUCAAGAAAAGCAUUCAAACAUUUGGUUGUUUGUUACCAAACACAGAGUUUUUUAAAGAUAGGAGACAGUCUUCCUGAUAUCAAACUAUAUCAAGAUACACCUGAUAAUGGUAUAAGUGCUAAAGAAUUGUAUAAAGGAAAGAAAGGUGUUUUAUUCUCAGUGGUUGGGGCCUUUACACCAGGAUGUACUCACGCACAUAUUCCAGAAUAUUUAGAAAGUGCUGAUAAAUUUAAGGAAGAAGGUUAUGAUCUGAUAGGUUGUGUGUCUGUAAAUGAUCCAUUUGUUAUGUCAGCAUGGGGUAAAAAUUUACAAGCUGAGGGAAAGAUUAAAAUGCUAGCAGAUACUAAUGGUGAAUUUACUAAAGCUUUAGGUAUGGAACUGGAUUGUACUAAAUUACUUGGUAAUAUUAGAUCAAAAAGGUACUCUCUAGUUAUAGAAGAUAGUAUUAUACAGACUAUAAAUGAAGAUCCUAAACAUUCAGGCCUUGUUUGUUUAUUAUGUAUCCGAAAUCUAAAAACAAAACAACAAGUUAUGUCUUGACGAAAUAUGUAUUUGAUAUAACUUUCUUUUCAGAAUUGGAAAAUUCCAUUUUUUGCAAAUUUGUUGCCUCCAAGAGGUUUUUCCUGAUGUAUUUUUAAUGUACAAGUAUUUUGAUUAUUUUGGUUUGUGUUUUUGUGCAAAGAUAGUACUAUGUUUGUUUUAAU